UGAGUCACUUUUUUUCAGCACGAGGCAAUGCCUUUUUACGCAAAGCUAUGUGUACUAGAUCACUAGCAUGCCGCAUCUUGAACUUACGACUAUCUGUUGGGUCCUUCUGAUUCCAGCAACAAGCACAGCAUAUCAAUGGCUCGGAGUCUAAUGUACUGCCGUUGGUUCAGGUAGUAUAAAAUGUGAUUCAAAUACAUUUGAAAAGUGCUUUGCUAUAUCGCUACUCCCCCAAAGCCGCCUGAGCUUACAAUGGAUGUUUCAGGAGUGGCAUUGCUUUGUACCAAUAAUUUUAGUGCAAUUGAACCAGAAAUUGAUAACCUAUCCCAACCAUCUAACCUUUGGUAUUUCUACACUUCAGCCUAUACCACUGUAUAUAUUCGAGAUACCUCACAGUCUUCUCCGACACCGGACACGUUUGUUGUGGGUAAUUUGAGACCCCCCAUCCAGUCUGGUGGAACUAACUGGGCUGGUGUCAGGGCCUCGGCUAUGGGUUCAGCUUUCUUUUUUUUGGAAUCCUUGUCGUUCAGGGUUGUUUACCCUUUCUCUUGUGGAGGCUAUUCUCCAACAGUGGAGCCUGUAUGGUCCUUUGUGGGCCUUUCAGCUCUAACAGGUUUGAUGGGGCUAGUAUCUUCUAUGGUACACGGCUUUUUUUGCUGGAGACUUUGGGUCAUUAGCAAGUCGCUUAUUGUACCCUGCGUGGUCAUGACGAUAUCGUUACUUCAAUGCAUAAUGGUAAUAUAUGAGGCCAUUGGCAGCGCCAUCGUAGGUGUAAUAUACAGCCUUCCGACAGACUCUCUGGGUGGAACCCCAACAGCCUGGGGUAGCUAUUUGUGGCUAGGCGGCAGUCUUGUGUGUGAUGUGAUUAUCACCGUGCAAACAACCAGACUGCUUUUUAGAAACAAAUCCGCUUCGGAAUUCAAGAAGACAAAAUCGCUCCUCACCAAGCUUAUUAAACUGACCAUCGAGACUGGAAUGGUUACCAGUGUAGCCACAUUGGUAGAGUUGAUAAUGGCCGUAAAACUAUCCGCUUAUUAUCAUUUUCUAAUAUUUUAUUCACUUUCUAAAUUAUAUGCUAACUGCAUGAUGGCUACUUUAAAUGCUCGACUGGUGUUGAGCCGUGACACGGAUCAGCUUCAAGUCUCAACAACAAUCUUUGAGGCACCUCACAGGAAUGGAGCUUUAUCUUCUUCACUACGCUUUCGACAGGAAUGUCAAGAGUGUCGCCGUCGGAUAGCCAACCCAGUCGCAGAUGACGAGCCAAAGCAUUUCUCAGAAAGCGAGGACAAUGGAUCCCGCGAUCAUGAAACUCUGCCUACGUUUACGAGGUCAACCUUCCGAAUAUCUGAAGUCACAAUCAUCGAACCACUCCCAUCUGAAAGCUCGACGGAAGAUUGAGUGAUGAAGCUGACAUAUAUCCCAUACUAUGCAAUACUUGGAGUUGAUACUGGGCGUUCAUUGGCAGAUAAUUUAUAUACUAUGCUUGUACUACGUCAUAAAAUGAGCUGCAUCACCAAGCAUGCUCUCUGGAUAACUGUGAAA